GAAGCUUUGGCCUCUCCUGCGCGCGCACCUCCUGCAGGAAGGCACAGCAGUAUAUAUACGUCCAACACCUGAAGCUGAGAUUCACUUGUACCAGACAUCAUCAACUAAUGGAGUGGCGUGCCCUUAUAAUCCUGGUGGUGUUGGCCGUCCACGUCGGCGCUGAUAUACGUCCUGGCCAAGACGGUCACGGAAUCCGUCAAUAUGGUACAGGUGGCGGCUUCAACGGCGGUGGAAUACGUGAUCUGGGGCCAGGUGGAGGCUUCAACGGCGGUGGAAUCCGUGACCUAGGCACAGGUGGAGGCUUCAAUGGCGGUGGAAUCCGUCAAUAUGGUACAGAUGGAGGCUUCAACGGCGGUGGAAUCCCUGACCUAGGACCAGGUGGAGGCUUCAACGGUGGUGGAAUCCGUGACCUAGGUGCAGGUGGAGGCUUCAACGGUGGUGGAAUCCGUCAGUAUGGUUAGAACAUGUACAGGUGGAGGACCUGCCUGCUGGAGGACUGCUGCCGACGACGUGAAGCUCUCGGCCAUGAGACAACUUAAGAUCACGACAUAACCUUAUCAUCACACCACGUCGUCUUCAAUAAUAACAAAUUUUACUUCAACUGUUUGAAUGUAAUUUUUACCUCACAUGAAUUGAUAAAAUAUGUAAGGAUUUUUACUUAAUAACUGAAAUAAAUUAUAUAAUUUAUUCUGUCAUUUUAUUGAUCUUAAUUUUAUUGUCUAUAAAUAAAUGUCAAAAAAUGAUCUAUGUGCAGGAAAUGUUUGAUGCAAUAAAUGCUGAUAAGAAA